ACAAUUUCAUUUUUUUAAUAUUUUAGGAAAUUAAGAUAAUUAUUUGUUUCCGAAAUGUAUGGUAUAAAAUUGGAUGAAUGGUGGCUUCAACCAUCGAUACCACUGGGACAUCGGAUCAUACACAUUGAUACAAAAUUCAAUAUGAACGCGCUACUGAUCGCUGUUUUCGCCUUAGCCGCUCCUCUUGCUUAUGGCUAUGACGAGAAAUAUGACAAAAUAGACGUAGACAAGAUUUUGGGGGAUGAUGCACUAUUCACCACCUACAUUAAUUGCAUGCUGGACAAGGGACCCUGCUCGGUAGAACAUUCUGCUGACUUCAGACAACUGCUGCCCGAAGUGAUAGCCACAGCGUGCGAGAAAUGCAAUGCCAUACAGAGGCAAAAUGUCAGGAAGACAGUCAAAGCCCUCAGUGAGAAGAAACCUGAUGAGUUUGCCCAAUUCCGAGCCAAAUUCGACCCUAAGGGCGAAUACGAGAAGGCAUUCAGUGCUUUCGUCAUUGGUACAGAUUAAAAGAAGAUUUUAAUAAUAACUUAUGUUACUGACUUUGAACUUAUGGCUGAUUUUUGAAUGGAACUGAUUUAAAAUAUAUGUGGAGCAUUACAAUAAAUAAGAAGCAAAGUUA